AUGAUUGGAUAAAAAGUUGCUUCUUAAAAGUAUUCUGCAUUGAGCCCUUCUCAAGACAUGUAAAGAUUAAACUAAAAAUAAAAUAGUAACUAGGGUAUAUAAAAGAUUAAUUCUAAGGUAUAAGAGAUAGAUUAAAAGCUAAACAGUAGAAUUAAAGUACUUAUGAGUCAAAUUUCAUCAUCUCAUUCAUCAUCAUCUUCUUCAUAAUCUGCCAAGUCUUCAUUAGACUCAGAUAUAGAUAAAGGGUUAAAGAACUUUAUUUAGUAGGGUAGAUCUAAUAAUUUCAAUGAGAAAAAUUAAUAUACUUCCUCACAUAGCAAAAAAAUAAAAUAUAGAAGUUCUUCUGCAAGUGAUCGAUCAUCUUCAAUAUCUUCAAAUUCGUCUUCUUCGUCAACAGAAUCAAAGGAAGUAGCUUCAAAAAAAUAGAAAAAGUUAGUGAGAGAAGAGAAAAAAGACAAAGAACAUAGGAAAAAUAUAAGCAAGAAAAUUAAAAAUAGAAAAGAUAGUAUUUCAUCGUCAUAGCAAUCUUCAAUUUCGUCAUCUUCAUCUUUAGAUAAUGAUAAUAGCUCGUCAUCAUCAACUGGCAGCUUAGAUUUUAGAAAAAAAUAUUAUAAAGAUACUCUUAAAAUUUAAAAUGAAUUCAGCUAUUUAGAUACUUUAAAAAAUAAACCUUUGAGUGACCUUACUCACACAAACGAAAACAUAAAAAAAGCUGAAAAGAAAGUAAAAAAAUGCUUUGAUGAAAUGAAUAAAGUGUUUGACGAAGAUAAGAAGAAGAAAUUAAAAGAAUCAAAAGAUAUAGUAAAAUAAUUAAAUCUUAUAGAGAAAGAGAAAAUGAAAGACAUUAAUAAGAAAUAUAACAUAUCAUCACUCUCCUCAUCAAAUUCUUCUUCUUUGUCAUCUGAUGUAUCUUCUUCCUCAUCAUGUUCUAGUUCUUCAGAAUCCAGAAAGCCUGAAAAAAAGAGCAAAGACAAUAAAUAGAAAAAGCAUCAUAAGGAUUAAGAAAAUAAAAACCCAACUAAGUUCACAUACAAAAAAACAAAUUAUAUUUGA